AUGAGACGGGUGGCUGGUUCUCGAAUCUUUUGGUUUUACCAGUCUUCUACUGCUAAGAUAAUUCCACGUACUGAUGGACUGCCCGAAACUCAGAGACUGGGACAACAAUCACGGGGAAGAUCGGGGGUGUAUUCAGCAAUAUAUCAAGCAUGGUGGGGGAGCGCAAUCCAGGCAGCGGCUUAUUAUGAGGGUGAAGAAGUCGUGCAUGCUCUUCUGGAUGCCGGUGCUCAGGUAAAUGCUCAAGGAGGAUAUCAUGGUAAUGCAUUGCAAGCCGCGGCAAGGUAUGGACGAGUAUGCUUGGUACAGAUGUUACUGAAUGCUGGAGUAGACGGCAAUGCUCGUGGGGGGAUCUAUGGAGAUGCUUUGACAGCAGCUACAAGACGAAAGAACACAGAGGUUGUCAACAUUCUUCUGCAAGCUGACGCAAAAGAUGACUUGAGCGAAAGCGAGGGUUUGGGUGGAUCUGACAUGACUGAAGACAUAGGUGGUGACUUGUUUGAUUAUGCAUAUCAUUUAUCCGCUGUAUUGCUCCCACCACUGUUGGAUGCGCAUAGGGAAUGA